UUUUUUUGUUACCUCUCUGAUUUUUUUGUUACCUCUCUCCUUUUCACUUUCAAUUACAAUAUGACAUGUUCAAAAAUAUUUUCAGGAGAUUUACCUGAAUUAACCUAUGAAAUUAUAAAAUAUUUUCAGAAUGAUUAUCCAACCUUACAUUCAUGCAUUUUAGUUAACAAAUUAUGGUGUCAUUUAGCGAUUCCAUUAUUAUGGGAAAAUCCUUUUUCAAUUUAUGUUAAAAACCAUAAUUUUAUCGGAAUUUACUUACAUAAUAUAAAUGACGAUCUUAAAACAAAAUUUUAUAAAUAUAAAGUUAUUAAUAAUUCAUUACCUUCGAGGACACUUUUCAAUUAUCCUAAAUUUUUAAAAUAUUUGAAUACAUAUGGGUUUAUAUUUUCUAUUCAGAAAUGGUUUGAAUCUCCUAUUAAAACUGCAAGCCUCGAAAAUAUAUCAUACUUAACUGAUUUUUACAUAAUGAUUGAUAUAUGUGUAUCAUUAUUUAAAAUAUUUAUCGAAAAUGAAGUAAAUUUACAUACUCUUGAAAUUGAUAGUACAAGUAUCGUUUAUGAUUCUAUUUAUCCUAGUAAUAUUCUUGAGUUAAUUUUGCAAAAUACAAAUUUCAUUCACAAUAUUAAAAAUUUAAAACUUCAUAUUAUAGAUAAUAAUAGAAAUAUUGCUCUAAUUAAAGAUCGUAUAUCACAGAUAAUUAAUUUACAACAAAAUCUUAAAAAAAUUUUAAUAAAUCGGAAUAGUUUUCUCUCAUGUCAAUCAUUAUUUUUAUCAAAAGAUUAUAAUUGUUCAAAUACUUUAAAUACAAUCGUUUUCUAUUACUGCAAUUUUAAAGGUAUUAACAAUCUACAAAAAAUAUUUGAACAAUUAAACGUUUUAGAAUCUGUUCAUAUCCUUUAUUGUGGUUCUUUAUGUACUGACUUUAUUCAACAAAUUAUUAAUUUAACAAAACCAUUUAAGUUGAAAUCUUUAUUUGUAAGUGAGAUAUUACAAAUUGAAUCAUUACAACAAUUAUUACAAAAAUCUGGUGGUUAUAUAGAAAAUUUCGGGUACUGUGGACUUUAUUUUACUACAUCACUAAGUCAACAAUUAUUAGAAUUAAUCACAAAAUAUUGUAAAAAUAUCAAUUUUCUUUAUUUGAGUGGAUAUGAAAGUCGGAUUGUUUAUCAAAUGUCCAAUUUAAUUGAAAAUAUUAAACAAAAUCUUAAUUAUCUUUUAAUUGAUAUAAGUGAAUAUAGUUCUCCAAAUGGUAAUAUUGAAGGUAGUUCAAAUAUAUUACAAAAUCUAGGACAAGCUCUCCCUUCUAAAUUAGAAUACAUAAGGAUGGCUUUUACUAUUAAAGAAAGUGAUUUUAGAGUAUUCUUAGAAAAUUCUCAAGAUAUUUUUAUCAAUAAAUUGUUAAUAAUACAAAAUGGUAGUGACGAUAUUUUACAUUAUAUAAAAGAAUAUAUUAUGAAGGAAAGAAGAGUCAGGUAUUUGGCAAUUAAAAAUAUUGAAAAUAGAAUAGAUUUAUUUGAUUUAAAAGAUGAAGUGAAGGAAUUUGAGUUACAUAAUAUUAUAGUUCGAAAUUAUACCGAUUUAUAUAUUACCGUUAAUAACUAUAUAAAGAAUAUUGAUUAAUUAUAAAGAUGAAUAUCAUAUGAAAUGAACAUAGAGUUGGAUGAAUCCGUUCUGGUCCGGUGAUUCCGGUCCGGUCCAGGACCACUUUUGGUCUAAUCUUUAUUAUGAUUAUAUGAUAUUAAUAAAAAUUAAAAAUGAAUCGAUCCGAACUUGGUCGAAAAAACUGGUCCGUAAUAUUUUUCUAUUGCCGCAGCUUAAUUUCUAAAUAAUUAUAAUCUUACACAAUUAGUAAACGAAAAUUUAAUGUAAAAUAAUUAAUUCAAUAAAUU